UUGCAUCGCAGUGAGUCAAGUCAGAAGAAGGACGCUGGGCGAGCACUGGAUAUGUUUUGAUGUGUUUUAAGGUGUGUUAAAGUCCGAAAUGCAUCGCGGGUAACACUACAGAGGUGUUGCAGCGGAUAUAGUGUUGUUUUUCUGGGGGAAAAGUCAUAAAAUGGAAUGUGUGUCAGCGUAGUUGAUCCCCUUCAUGCUGCUGUCUGAAGAGCUUGUGACGGAGAAGAGCAGCAAUCAUGGAUGUGGAAGACUUUCCUCCCCCACCUCCUGAAAUGUUGGCAGACAGCGACCCCUUUCCAGAUGAAGACGAGGGGGAAUCCUUCGACUUUGAUGACAGUGCUGAUGACAUCCCCGAGGCUGACCGCCUACCCCCUGCACCUCCAGCUCUUCCGGCCCCUAGCAGCAAGGAUCAGGGCCAGGACAAGAUUGUAGUCAGUCACCCUGAAGGCCAUCAUACCAGCCCAGACCCCCCAGCGCCUUCCACCACAUCCAACUCCGCUCCAUCAUCAGCAGACACAACAGUUGCCACAAGCAGAUCCUCUACAGCAGGUGGAGAAACAGCAGAAGGAGAGGGGACAUCUGCUGCUGAGGGGACUGAUGACAUGGAGACAGAUUUACCACCACCUCCACCCCCUCCUCUUGAUGAGGACGCAGAGACAGAUCCUGGAAAAACAGCAGGCAGUGAAGGCCCGGAUGCGUCUAUCAAUGACCCUCACCCUCCACAAGCCGUCCCCAAAAGCUCCUCCCAGGGCAAAGUCAACCCCUACUCCGUGAUUGACAUCACUCCUCUCCAACUGCAGCAGCUUGAGCCGCAGCAUGGACCCUCCUCUGCCCCUUGCUCACCAAUGGAGCCCAAGGAACCAGAGGGAGAAUCCCAGGAUAUCCCCACCAGCCCUCUUGGCAUCAGUUCAGGAUACUCAGUCCCAGUGCCCUGUGGCUACGCAACCCCCUCUGGUGUACCGCUCAUCACACCAGCGUACACAACACCCGUCAUCAUUCGACACCUCUCCGUGGAUGAGGAUGUCACUAUGGUUGGGACUGGCAACACCCCUGUAGACAGUGUUUUCAUUGAAGAGUAUCCACCUAUUAGAGAAGAGGAUGCUUUGGCUAAAUGGGCAUCUGAUCCUGCCAACACUGCAUGGAUGGAAAAUCCAGAUGAGGUGAUUUACGAUGACGUGCCCAGAGAGAACUCUGACUCCAACACAGAUCCAGAUGAGAUGAUCUAUGAUGACGUGGAACUCGGCGAGGAGGGCGGCUGCAACAGCUCCCUCGACAACGGCUGGAGCUCUAGCGAGUUUGAAAGCUACGACGAGGCCAGCGACGGGGAGGGUCGCCCUGAGAACGGCCUGCCCCAUGCCUUCAUGAGAGGGAAGCCACCCCAGAGGAAAACACAUCUCUCUCAAGAUCUGACACGCUUGAAAGAACACUAUGAGAAAAAGAUGAAAGAUCUAAUGGCAAAUACAGUGGGAACGGUAGAGCUGCAGCAGUUAAAACAGAAACACGAGCAGAAGAUGCAAAAGCUGGUGAAGGCAGCUAAGGAAGGGACCAAAGAUGGACUUGAGAAAACCAAAGCUGCAGUGAAGAAGGGACGCUCUUUCAUAAAAACCAAGUCAUUCUGUCAAGAGAGGAAGUCGACCUGUUUUGAGGAUGAGGAGUCUGAACUCUUCAUUGAGGUGGACUGCUUCAAUGUCGAGCCAGUGCUGUGUCCAGAACCAGAAGGUCUUUCACAGCAACAGCUGGUGAGAAGAUGCAUACUGGGAUCUAUAUUGGAGAGUGAGAAGAACUAUCUUGAUGCACUGAAAAGGAUAUUAGAGCAAUAUGAGAAGCCCCUGUCCGAGCUUGAGCCAAGGCUGCUGAGCGACAGGAAACUGAAGAUGACCUUCUAUCGCGUGCGUGAGAUCCUGCAGUGCCACUUCCUGUUCCAGAUCGCCCUGGCAAGCCGUGUUGCUGAGUGGGACGGCCUGGAGAUGAUUGGGGAUGUCUUUGUUGCAUCGUUCUCAAAGUCCAUGGUGCUGGAUGCCUACAGUGAGUAUGUCAACAACUUCAGCACUGCAAUGACAGUGGUGAGGAAGACGUGCGCUGCCAAACCUGGCUUCCUGGAAUUCCUUAAGAAUCGUCAGGAGAACAGCGGUGACCGGAUGACUUUGUAUGGCCUGAUGAUGAAACCUAUCCAGAGAUUCCCACAGUUCAUUCUGCUCCUUCAGGACAUGCUGAAGAACACACCAGUGGGUCACGCGGACCGUCUGCCCCUGCAGAUGGCCCUGACCGAACUGGAGACAUUGGCAGAGAAGCUCAACGAAAAGAAGAGGGAAGCCGACCAGCGCUGCGAGAUCCGUCACAUUGCAAAGGCCAUGAACGAACGCUACCUCAACAAGCUUCUGAGUAACGGCAGCCGCUACCUGAUCCGCUCAGACGACAUGGUGGAGACGGUCUACAAUGAGCGUGGUGAAAUCAUCAAAACCAAAGAGCGACGCCUCUUCCUGCUCAAUGAUGUUCUCAUGUGUGCCACGCCCAAUAUCCGCGUUCACUUAAGGGAAUGUUUAAUGUGUCAGGAUGGCAGUGGGAGCGGCAGUGGCAAUGCCCCACCCGACCAGAAGUUCCUUCUUAAGUGGAGCGUGCCUCUGAGCUUCGUGGAAGUGCUGGAGUUUGGAUCUAGCGAGGACAUGGCCGACAGCAGUCGCUUCCCAACAUCCCAUUCUGGGGAGAAAGUGGUCAUCAACGCUAAGCCAAACAAGCUGUACAUGGGCCCCGGUCAGUUGUACCAAGAUCUGCAGAACCUGAUCCAUGACCUCAGCCUGGUCAACCAGAUCUCCGGCAUGAUCAGCAGCCUCAAAGGCAACUACCAGAAUGUGAACCCCACAGUGGCCCACGAUUGGGUAUCAGGUCUCCAGAGGCUGAUACUGAAGAAGGAGGAGGAGAUCAGGGCUGCUGACCGGUGUAGGAUCCAGCUCCAGCUGCCUGGCAAACAUGACAAGUCGGGUAAACCCACCUACUUCAGUGCAGUGUUCAAUACUCUCAGCCCAGCCAUCAAACAGUCAUGGAUCAGCAACUUGCAGAUGGCCAAGCUGGCUCUAGAGGAGGACAACCUGCAGGGCUGGUUCUUCGCAGAGGAGGAUGGGAAUCAGAUAAAAAAGCAGAAACACCCUCUCUUGCUUCGACAAAUGCCUGUGGUCAUGUCAAAACUACAAGAGUUCAAGGUGGAAUGUGCUGUUCAUAAUCCAGAGCCCCACAUCAACACAGAGAGCACAGCAGAUACUCCCGUCGUGGGCCAUGGCUGUGUCUGGGUUGCAAGUUGCACCAACCAGAUGGGCCAGAUAUCCAUAGUGGCCAUGCAGAGAUCCAGCCCUAAGGUGACCGAGUGUUUCAAUGUGGAGUCACGUAUCCUCUGCAUGGCCUACGUCCCUGCAGAGCAACCUCAGGAGAAUGGGGAGAAGAUUCCCGAAAACAACCAUGUCCCCACAGCGAAGGCCAGCGAUUCUCCCAGUGUCUGUCUUGGCAUGGAGGAGGGCAGCAUCAUUGUGUAUAAGAGCAGCCAACGGUCCAAGAAAGUCCGUCUGCAGCAUUUCUUCACCCCGGACAAGUCCACCGUCACCAGCCUGGUCUAUAAGAAGCACUGUCUGUACGUCGGCCUGGUCAGCGGCUCUGUGGCAGUCUACUCCAGAUCACAAGACGGUUUGUGGAGCAGCGAAAAGCCUAAGGUGCUGAAACUGGGGAUCCUCCCCGUCAAGGCCAUGCUGGCUGUGGAGGAGCACCUCUGGGCUUCAACAGGUGGACAGGUCUUCAUCAUCAGCGCCCACACACACUGCGUGGAGAGGCAGCUGGAGGCCCACCAGGAAGAGGGCAUGGUGGUGUCCCACAUGGUGGUGGCUGGAGUGGGCAUCUGGAUCGCCUUCAGCUCAGGUUCCACUCUGCGCCUCUUCCACACCGAGACCCUGGAGCACCUGCAGGACAUUAACAUUGCCACACCGGUCCACAAUACACUACCCGGAAACCAGAGAGUGUCAGUGAGUAGUCUGCUGGUCUGUCAUGGUCUGCUGCUGGUAGGAACCAACCUGGGAGUGACUGUGGCCCUCUCUGUCCCCAGACUGCAGGGGAUCCCCAAGGUCACAGGUCGGGGUAUGGUGUCCUUACACGCUCACAACGGUCCAGUCAGGUUCCUCAGCGUGGCUGCUGCGGUGUGUAACCGGCCCUCUGGAACAUCAUCCUCCACCCCUCCGACCUCAGUUCAGCCAACAGAGACAGACGAUGGGGAGAACACCCAGCCCCCCUCAGAUUCAGCCCCGACUGCCCCUCCGGGACGGGGCGUGUGGCUGGGAGAGGCGGGCUGCACCACCAUGGCUCUCCAGGACUCCCUGUCCUCCUCGUCCUGCUGCUCCCUGGCGCCGUCACAGGGCUCUUUGGAGCACGGGCCCGAGGACGGGGCCCUCUAUGACAUGCUCCAUGACCCGGCCCAUCACCAGAGGGGCCGCCGGGUCAGCAAGGUGGAUGUCAGCUCCUUGCUGGUGAUCUCUGGAGGUUUGGGCCACCGCAGGGUUAGCAAAAAGACCAAACAGUCUCGCCAUGAGGAUACCACUUCUACCAUUAUGGUCUGGCAGAUCCCUUUGAUCAACAUGUGACACCCAAAGCACCUCAGUAGGUUGGAAAUCACAUUUUCUCCAUAACCCAGUCAUACCUACUUGUAUCUUACCUAUACCAUCUGUCUCUUUUCAGGCUAAAUGAGAAGUGCUGCUCACAACUCUCACAAGGAGAUCUGUUGUUACACUUCACAGACUAUUUGUCAUCAAUCAAAACUGAAAAGAGAAGUGCAUCAAGCACUACACAAUACUCCCAUGAUGUUUCUAAUGAUGUCUCCUACCAUAAAGGAAAAACAGAGGAUUAAUAUAACCACUCAAUCAUGAUGCUUGACAGAGCAAACAACCCCCUACAGACCAGUCAGAGGAUAUACUGUACUUGUUUGAAAACACUGAAAGGUCUUUAUUUUCACCCUCUGCUAAAGUUAAUUGUUCUGUAACAUGGCUAAUACAUUACUCUCCAGUGUUUGUGCUAUACCAGUUGACUGUAUAGGACUGCAGUAUUCAAAUCAGUGUUGAAAACGAAUGACUUCUUGAAAGGUGUUAAAGGAGACGAUGGGGCUAUGAAUAUGUUACAUGUUACAAGUUUUUUUUUUUUAAGAUUAGGUUUUGACCAGACCUGUAGGUCAUCUGUCGAGGCCCGAGUUGUAAAUAUGAAGUAUGACAACUCAGGAUUACAUGUGUCAGAGUUUUGGUGUCAUCUUUUGUCCCAGCUUGGUGCUUCUGCAGUUCUGUUAACAGAGAAUAAGGGAUCGAAAACGGUGAAAUAUCGAUGACUGAAUUAGUUCGUUAAGGUUUGAUGAGAAUCCCUGGCUGGCCAGGUUUCUAAUUAAAAGGGCAUGAAAGUGUUGUCAUCACCAGGAGAUAUUUUUUUUACCCCAAUGUAACUUUUUUUGUCUCGCAUAUAGAUAUUUAAAAAAAGAAAAAAAGCUUUAUACUUUUGUCACAAUUUGUAUGUACUUCUGUUUAUUAACAAAUGCAUAAACUGUUUUA